AGCCAACAUUCCGGUGACGCUGAGCAAAACUUUUGCGCUAAAAGAAUGGAUAAAUCAAAAGAUGUGCAGAGUCUUUUCAGCACAGACAUAGCUUUGAAGGCUAAUGUGAAGUUCCAGAAGCACUUUUGGGGAAAUGAAGAUGAGAUACUAGAAACAUUUCUUGCUCAGUUUAAGCACUCUCUUGGCUUAAUCAACGCGCUAGACAAGUUUUACGCUGAACGAGCUGUUAUUGAAAAAGAGUACUCGUCAAAACUUUCUCAACUCGUCCAGAGUAACCUGGAGUUGCCAUUGGAAGGACCCGCUCACGAUAAUGUUGAAGCGAUGAAGACUGAAACACAGAACAUGGCCAACGGCCAUUCUUCUCUGUCCGCACAAAUUGAUGCCGAACUGCGGCCGGCUUUGAAGGGUUUUCUCUCGGAUUCACAAGACAAACACGAGUCGCUUGCCUUCGCAAUUGAGGAGUUAUAUCAAGAGAAGACUACUCUGGAAAUUGAAUUGAUUGAGAAAAAAGAUGCUUAUGAAUAUAACUGCCAGAAGUUGUGCACAUAUAAUGAACAAAGAGCAAAGCUUUCUGGUCGCGAAUUAGACAGACACGCUAUUAAGCUUCGCAAAGCUGCCAUUUCCGUUCAGAAGAGUGAGGAAGAGUAUAAAGAGACAGUGGAGAAUCUUCAAAUUGUUUAUGACGAAUGGACAAACAAAUGGAAAAAGGCAUGCGACAUUUUCCAACAGCUGGAAGAGUACCGUAUUGAGUUUAUGAAAACAAGCAUGUGGGGCUAUGCCAAUGUUAUUUCCACUGCGUGCGUUACAGACGAUGAAUCAUGUGAACGCAUUCGUCUCACACUCGAAAAGUCAGAUUUGAAUUCAGAGUUGGAGGCUUUUGUGAAAAGUCACAGCGCAGGAAAUUCACCUCCUGAUCGCCCAGUUUUUCACGACUUCUUUGAAGACAAUCACAUCAACCUAAACUGGAAGCAGUUAACCUCGAACACGGCUUCUUCGUUAUCAAAGCUGAACUCUUCACGCACAGCUUCCCCUACUCGUUCCUUUUUCUCGAACCUUAAGCACACACCUAGUGCUGGUUCCUCAUCUUUAAGUCGUGAAGCUUCUCAAAAAACUAUCGAGUCAGAGAAGCGGACUACCCCUCCUGUAAAUGCACCCUCUAUUUCAGUUUCCAAUGCCCAAUCCAAUCUUGAUGAUUCACUCUCUCCAAAAAUGGAAUUCCGUCCUGUUCAAGCACAAACCGUUCCCUCAGUUGUUCUUCCUGGAAGCGAAGGUCAUAACGAUGUUGCACAUUCCACACCUACUAUGCAGACGCAUGAAGCGGACAUUUCCAGAAACAUGCACGAAGACACGCAACCGAAGCAAGUUCCUCCUCCCGUCAAUGUGACAAGCGAUGCUGAAAUGGAUGUUGAACGAGAGCAACCAGCAUUGGUGAAUAACCGUCAACCUACAAAUCAACAAAGACCAACAUCGGUUAAUCAUUCCGUAAACCAACACGAGCGUGUCCCGAUUACGAAUCCGACUACUUCUGCGUCUUCUACAAAUCUCUCAUUUUCCCGGCAUGGAAGCCCGCAAAAACGUACAACCUCUUUAAAAAAGAAGUCAAUCAUGGAGCGUAUGGCUCGACCAACGUCCCCGUUUCGGGGUAAUAGCUUCUCGCGUUUGUCUAUGUAUAACGAUAUGACCAAGGACCCCGCCGAAGCCGACAACAAGACAACAGAACCUGAUGACAUUGAUCCUCGAGACAAUGUUGUUCUGAAUGUCGGUCCAAAUAUGUUAUCAGUUGGUGAAGCGACAACGGCGUCUGUCCCUGCACAAAAUAAUGGAAUUGAUCCCAUAGCAAAUGCGAUGGCCGAACUCAGUGUGUCACUGAAAAAUCGACCUCGCCGUGGAUCAGCUACUGUGAAUGUUAACUCACAGAUGGAGCCAACAUCACCCUCGCGCAAUCGUCGGGACUCUACCUUUGGCCAUCGACACAGCCAAAGCAUGAUCACUGCUUCUAAUAGAGGUUUCGCCUCUGUUACGAGUCUUUCAGAUGUGGAAGGCUCUCCGCGCAGAACCACUUUGGGCGCACCUCCUGCCGCCCAUACUUCAGCCCAAAUGCAACGCAUGUCCUCAAGCUUCAUUAACCAAACCAAACAAGUAUUCGGCGGUGAUCCGUCGAAUGCAGUUGGAAAGCGAGAAUCACUUCGCUAUUCUACGAGUGGUAGAAACCGAGCAACGUCACCCAUGCUUACACAUCGCAGUCCAAGUCCACUUACUGACGCACUGAACCGGACUACAUCUCGGGGGGCUACGACACCUGAACCUAGAGGCGGAAGUUUGCACCAAAAGUAUCAACGUUCUGCUUCACCAGCGUUGUCGUUUGAUGAGAACAACCGCUCUCCGUCCCGUCUGUAUACCCAGCGUGCAGCUUCACCUAAUCCAAUGGGAAGUCGUUCGCCGUCUCGUAUGCGCCAGCGGGCUACAUCACCCAAUCCUUCUAUUCGUAAUAUGUCGAGACCCGGCUCUGUAAUAGACUUGAACGACAGCGAAGUGAAGCGUCCUAGCUCUCGAGCCGAGUACAAUGGAUCUCGCUAUGGCAGACCUUCCUCUCGUCAACAGUUAGGACGCAGUGGAAGUGGGUUGCAAAAGAAUUCUUCGACUCUACGGUCGAAGUCUCCUACUCCUUCAGCUAUUAGCCGCCAAUCUCGCACAGAUUCGCGGCCUGCGUUUACUGCUGAUGGAGAGCCCAUCCUGGGCUAUGUUAUUGCUUUGUACGAUUAUCAAGCACAAAUUCCGGAAGAGCUUAGCUUCCAGAAGGGAGACACCAUGCUUGUUUUGCGGACACAGGCUGACGGUUGGUGGGAAGGUGAAAUUGUUAAUGCUCAUCAUCCCAAGCGUGGCCUUUUCCCCUCGAAUUUUGUUCAAACAAUUUAAGUUUGAAUACUUGCGUUAAGUGUGUCACCCUGUUUGUUCUAAGAACUUCUCGUUUAUUUUUAAUUUCUGAUAUGUUAUCAUUUGGUCAUGACAGUUUUUAUGAUCCUUCUACCUUUGGCACGUUCCCGAGUUUUGCGAAUCGGUUUUGCUGUUUGCACCUAUAGUCCUUUUUAUAUUUCGUUGGCCGUUUGUUAUCCUUUGGCUAUUAUACUUUUGAUUUGUUACUCUCUUAUUACCCUGUUUCUAUUCUAACCCUCUUUUACCGCUGUUCUUUCGUAAGCAUAAUUAAUCUACAAUGGUCGUUUGUUAGCACUUGAACUUGCUGUAACACAUUAUGUCUGAAGUGACAGUGUCGUUUAGAGAGGCGACACAUUCUGCUUGUAAAUCAAAGUUGCCUGUAAUUGAUAUCUAUUUCAGUAUUAUAAACUAUUUAUCCGAUACAUUAUACAGCGUAGCAAAGAAGAAAUAGCUACUACUUUUUUACUGGUCGGGACAAUUAGUUAUUUCCGUCGAAUACCAAAUUCAACGAAACGCUCUUUUAUGUUUUUAAGCAGCCAUAAAGAACAUAACAGCUUCGACGUUAGAAACCAAUUUUUAUACACAGAUGUUGUCCAUCAUCGGACGCCAGUUUAAUUAAAACUUGUUGGAAAAAAUGAGAAACAAAUUACAUUAAAGUGAAGUAAAUGAAC